UUGGCAAUCUAGCUGGCGCGCUUGCCAUUCCUGGUUUUGAACAUUGAAAGGCGAUGGCGUCCAAUGGAACCACCCACGAAACUGGCCAGAUUUGGUCUGGUGCCGGGAAGACACAGGACGAACUCAUGCUCAAAGAUGAAUGCAUCCUUGUGAAUUACAUGGAUGAGGUGAUUGGUCACAACAACAAGUACAACUGCCACAAAUUCGUGCCGGGUCAACCACGUGGUUUGUUGCAUCGAGCAUUUUCUGUGCUGCUUUUCGAUCACGAGAACCGGUUGCUGUUGCAGCAGAGAGCCAAGACCAAGAUCACCUUUCCACUUGUUUGGACCAACACCUGCUGCAGCCAUCCUCUCUACGGGAUGAAACCUUGCGAAGUGGAUAUGCCAGAUGCCAUUGCGGGUGGUGAUCCAAAAGGUGUGAAGGCAGCAGCGGUUCGAAAACUUGGUCAUGAAUUGGGUAUUCCAGCCAAUGAAUUGGAUGCCUCGCGCUUCAAAUUUUUGACACGAGUGCACUACUGGGCGAUUGACGUGGGAACUUACGGUGAUGAGGCAGUUUGGGGUGAACAUGAAAUUGACCACAUUCUGCUCUACCGUCUCAAUGCCGGAGAGAAGCUUACAGUGGAGCCAAAUCCCGAAGAGGUGGAGGCGAUUCGCUGGCUUGGCAGUGAGGAGCUGAAGGAGGCGAUGAACGGAAAGGGUGACAUGCCACUUUGGUCUCCUUGGUUUAGAAUUAUCAACGAACGUUUGCUCGACGUCUGGUGGAAGGACUUGGAUGCCGCUCUCAACACCGACAAGUAUGUGGAUGUGUCUUCAAUCCAUCGGUUUGACACUGCGCCGGAGUUCCAUGGCGGUCUCGGCAACGCCAAACCCGUGUUGGAGGAGGUUGCCAAGGCAGAAGUUGCUGCUUUGAAAGAAGGUGGAGAGGAUCAGCGUCGCAAAGUGGUGUUACAAGCUGAACAUGAAGACCGUAUUGUCGGGUUUGUCGGCAGAGGGAAAGCGGAAGUUGCAGAUUCUGCAGGGGACGUGAAGCAAGGUGGAUAUGGCAAGGUGCCCACUCACAAGAACUCAAAGCUCGAUCAACUGAUGAGGCCGUUGGAAAUCGUCUCGGCCCUGAGGCUGAAGUGUACAGGACUUUUGGAGAAUAACGUCAAGGGACAGACUGAUGAAGAUGUCGAAUUUUGCGACGACAUGCUUGGGAAGGUUUCAAGGUCUUUUGCGGCAGUCAUUCGGCAGCUACCCACGCAGCUGGGCAUUGACAUUUGCGUCUUUUAUUUGGUGCUGCGUGCCCUUGACACUGUCGAAGAUGAUAUGGAAGCAUACAAAGGUCGAGAAGCAGAAAAACAGGCUGAACUCAUUUCUUUUGGCGAGAAGAGGCUUAGUGAUCCAAACUGCAGCAUCAAAGGCGUUGGUGCAGCUGAUGAGAAGACAUUGGUGGAAAACUUCGGCCGGGUGGCAAGGGUCUUUGCCAAGUUGCCUGAAGGGAGUCGGCAAGUCAUCAAAGACAUCACAGACAAGAUGGGUGCUGGUAUGGCUGAGUACGUCUCAGCUGAUCUGGCACAGGGAACAGUGGACCAAGCAGCCUACGAUCGCUACUGCCACAUGGUUGCCGGCCUUGUGGGCGAGGGCUUGACUGGGAUCUUCGUUGCCAGCGGGAUGGAGAACAAAGACCUCACAGGACAAGGUGAACGAGUGUGGCCAUUUUGUGCGGAUCCACAUACAGAGCCUGCCAACCUUGGAUUGGCCAAUUCAAUGGGUCUCUUCCUCCAGAAGACCAACAUCAUUCGAGACUACCUGGAAGAUUAUGUCGAUGGACGAGCUUUCUGGCCUCAAUCCGUCUGGAAGAGUUAUGCUUGCAGCAAUGACCUUGGUGAGUUUGCUUUGCCCACCUCUCACGGAGCAGGAACGCUCUUGCCGGUGAAGGGUGGUGAAGUUUUGGCAAAGGGUGUCGGUGUCCAGGCACUGAUGUGCUUGAACCACCUCGUGGCGGAUGCCUUGGAGCUUGUGCCAGAUUCUCUCGAGUACCUUGAGCGUGUCCAAACUCCAUCCAUCUACCGUUUCUGCGCCAUUCCGCAGGUGAUGGCCAUUGCAACACUCGUUGCAUGCUUUGACAACCCCUUGGUGUUCACCGGAGUUGUAAAGAUUCGCAAGGGGCUCACUGCGCGGCUCAUCGUUGCAUGCUGCGAUGGUCCAAAUGCCGUGCACUGCUGGUUUAGACAGUUUGCAGAAGAGAUCUUGGCACAGAGUGACACAUGUGUCGGAGCCGGCGGACCAGUUGGCAAAAGACUCAAGGAAGCCUGCAAACGCAUUUUGGAAAGGACUGAGAAGAGGUCACAAAAUUGGUCUGGCAAGCAGACACAGAAGCGCUUGGUCUUGGGUGCAAUUACUGCAUUGGCAGUCUCAUCAGUAUUUUAUGGAAAGCUGCAAAGCCACAGGUAGCUUCUCCAGCACGCGAAGUGACUACAACUUGUCGCUCUUGCGAAACCAUUUCGUAUGCAGCCAGAGCUUUGCAUCAAUCUAUAGAAGUUCCUGCAAAGUCUUGGUCAAGCUAGUUGAUCAUAGUUUGUUUCCAGCCAAACUGAACCAAUUCUCCUUUGAAGCACUAGCUGUG